CGGCGUUGGUUUUAUUGUUGGAUGGUUUGGAUGAGAGGAGUGAUGGUGUGAUCGGUGACCGCCUGACUGGAAUUAUUUUUUCCAUGAAUAAUAAUUAUACUGUAGCUUAAACCUCUGAGUUAAUUUGUUUUUGUUCAAUAUUGAUAAGAUGGGAAGCAGUGGAAGCACCAAACGCGUUUCUUUUGAAGCAGAUGAGAAUGAUCAGAUCACAGUGGUGAAGGGCAUUCGGCUCUCUGAUAGUGUCAUCAGCCGUAUGCGGGAUACUUCUCCAUCUGCCGAAAAGUCACAGCCGUCUCCUUCAGAACAAGCUUCAAGUGGAACUUCGCCACCUUCUCCAGUCCAACCAAUAGUUACUAAUGAGGAGGUCAGAAAAGAAAUUGCUAAAGAGUGGGCUCAAGAACAGGCAAGGCAAGAUCUGAACUUGCAGAAGAGGCUUGAACAUGAUAAACGAUAUGUUCACGAUGAGAUCAGCAAAAUUCUUGAACGUGAGCGAGAUGCUGCAAAUGAUAGCCUUGUAAAAGCAGUGUUGCGGGAGAGAACACUGACUGAAGAGGAGCGACUGAAAUCCAAGUACGCAACCAAGCAAUUGAAAGAAAAAGAGGAAGAACUGCAGAAGCUCAAUGCUUACUAUAAGGAGCAGAUGUCCAGACUGGAAAACCGGAGUGCCCAGUUCUACAAGGUGACCACUGAAGAAUACCAGAAAGCAGUUGCUGAAGCUGAGUCCAAGUUCAAGAGGUACGAGUCUCGACCCAUCUGUGCUGAGCUCCAGGAGGAUGUACUCCGCUGCUAUCAACAGAACCCAGAGCAGACUCUCAGCUGCUCGGCACUGGCCAAGCAGUAUGUUCACUGCAUCAACUACGCCAGACAGGAGAUUCUGAAGAUGCUGGAAAUCCAGGGUAACAAACAGCAGGUCAGGCAGCAUCUAUGGAGAGGAAUAAACAGUCGAAGUUUCAGGCUGAGACCCUUCAUCAGGACUGGCCAUAUUUCAUUUAUACACUGAAGAGCCUUCUGGGGAAAGGAGGUUAAAACAGUCUCCAGUCUCAUCAAAAAGCCCUCAUCAUCUAUUUCACCAACGGAUCACCUUUCAGAAGUAAUCAAAGUAACUUGACAAAGGCAUCAGGACAUUAUGGGAAAGAGGAAACAAAGGGCCAUUAUCACCGCAGUAACAGCAGCAGCAAGCACCCUCAUUUUAAUUGGUGGGGAUGUGUUUGGCACAGUUGUGAACGACUUAACAACCUACCAAGAUUCUCGUCCUACCAAGAAUGCAUUCAGCUUUUCUGUAAUUGUUCUGUCCUAUGACAUUAUAUGGAAUAUUUUGUUUUGUUUAAUAUGAGGCCUUUGAAACAUUCUAACAAUAAUGUGAUUAAAUCUGUCUUUCAAAGAUCAAAAUACAACUGACUUGUCUGAA